UUUGUUUUUCUUUGAUAAAACAUUUUUACAGCGAAUCAAGAUAAUAUCAUAUCUACGAUCAUACAAAAUUUCAAAGUUACAUAUGGACGUCAAAAAACAAAUCAAAUUGUUUAUGAGUCAAAUUUCAGUUUCUGGAUUGGACCAAAUUACGGCUUUUGGAGUUUUCGAUGUAAAUUUAAAUCUCAUUACGUCAAUUCUUGUACUAUUUAUAACUGGAAUAACGACUUUAGUACAGAUAGUACAUGAACCAAUUACAAUGAAAUUGUUCAAUGAUACUUCUUCAUACCUAGAAAGUUUAACGAAAAAUAAGACUUGAUUUGUACUACUUAUGUUAAAUUAUUUUACCUUUUAUAAUUUUAAGAACAUUAAGGUUUAGAAUACUCUUGAAU